AUGGCGCCUCCACAAUGGACCACACCAGAGGAGCUUGAGUGGCUUCAAAAGGAGUUACCUGAGUUUCUUAAAAUGCAGAAAGAGCAAAAAUUGACUUGCUUCUAUGAGCUACUGUUUCCAAGGUGGUUUAGUCAAUUUCCAGAAUGCCUCAGAUAUUGGGGACCUACCAGUAAACCUCUGCACGAAAAUGUUUGUCAGGAUGACGACAGCGGUGACGCUAACAGUGACAAGAUCAGCCCACUGCCACUUACUCCAGAACAAGAAGCUGAGCUUGAAGAGGCAAAUGAAAUCCGACGGAAAAAAUUGAGAGAAUGGUUCCGGAAUAAUGCAAAAAGUAAAACGACACCUGGCGCCACGUCAACAAGCAAAGCUCUUGCUCAGCUUCUAUGCCAGCGUGCUCGUGGUGUUCGUGACCUAAAGGAAAUUGAGGUCUACUCAAAAUUGCACUACAAAAUGAAGAUGCAACCACUGGUAGAGGACAAUGUUCAGGAAAAUCACCUUGAUUCCAAGAAGAGAAUCGCUAUUGUGCAGAAGGUCACAAACAGUUGUUUUGCCACUGAGUCCGAAGACGUGAAGGCGGAGAUUCAUGAGGAGACCACAUGGAUCAACAGUGCCAGGAGAUUGGAUAUGUCUAAAACACGUACUAAAGAGGAAAUUUACCGUGCCAUUCAAGAACUGCCCAUUGUCUUGGGACAGAUUUGUGAAGACUUGGCAAUGCUGACUGGUGGCUGGCAUUAUACCCUUGUCAUGGGGGGUCCUGAUCCCAUGUGCAAAGGGGAUGUCAUGACUCUAAGUUUUCACCACAGCAAAGGUCGAGACAGCCUCAGCUUCAAGGCCUCCAACCCAAACUUCCAUGAACAGUACCUAGUGCCAUUUGAAAAGCACUUGAGAAGUGCUUUCGGUCAUGUCAACCAAGUUUCCGAGUCAUCCGAGUCUUCAUCAAGUCCCAAUCCAUCUCCUCCAGCGCCUUCUGACAAUUCGUCUCCUCCAGCGACUUCUGACCUUGCACUGCCAAACACCCAGAAUGACUCAGGCCCCGAAGUUCCUGGAAUGUGCAUCUUCCCUUACGACUCUCUCAUGGACCCCAAUGUUCCAGUCUCUGAAGCUGAGAUUGAUGCAUUCAUCUCUACCCUUUGUCCAAUGACAGCUGAUCAACUAAAUGGUCAAUGGUGGCCUAAUCAAAGCCAGGACAUGCAAAUGGCUGCUCUGCCAUUCAUAAACCCUCCUCCGCCAUUAAUCAAUCCUCCUCCGCCAUUUACAGAAUCACUUAUCAAGCCACCCAUAUUCACCCCACCACAUAUCUACAAUCCACUCCCGUCGUCACUCUCCAGGUCUGUGACCACUCCAGCUGCCACCGACUCGUAUUCUUUUCCACCUGUUUCCAGCACACCAAUUCCCACCACACUGGACACUCUGUUUCCUGCAGCAAGUGUUCUACCAGUUUCUAGUGCACCUGACACUCUGCUUCCUGCAGCAAGUGUUCCACCAGUGUCUAGUGCUCCUGGAAGACGUUCAGCACGCAUUACACGACCAUCAACAAGAGUGCAAGAUGCUAACAAGAUUGGUGAUAACACCAAAGCAGUCACUUCCAAACGCAAGCGCAAAGGUAUGGUGGAAGCGAUCUCUGGGAAAAAGUCUAAAAAAUGA